AGUCUCCAGUGUUUGCAUUUUGCGAACGUCUAGUUUAGUGCGCAUCUCGGGACUCCCUCGUUGCGGCGGUGCACCCAAAACACUCGACGACUUGCAUCCGACUCUUACAACCUCGGACUCACAGGGAACACCUUUAAACAUGGGUUGCUUCGAGUGCUGCAUCAAAUGUUUAGGCGGCGUGCCAUACGCAUCACUGGUGGCGACCAUCUUGUGCUUUUCCGGUGUGGCCCUCUUCUGCGGUUGCGGUCACGUGGCGCUCACCGGCACCGUCGGCAUCCUGGAAACCCACUUCUCCAAGGUUGCCAGUGAUCACGCCAUGCUCACUGAUGUAGUCCAGUUGAUGCAGUACGUCAUCUACGGCAUCGCCUCUUUCUUCUUCCUGUAUGGAAUCAUCCUGCUGGCGGAGGGUUUCUAUACCACUAGCGCCGUCAAGGAGCUGCACAGCGAGUUCAAGACCACUAUCUGCGGACGAUGCAUCAGUGGAAUGUUUGUGUUCCUGACCUACAUCCUGGGAGUGGCCUGGCUGGGCGUCUUUGGCUUCUCAGCGGUGCCCGUCUUUCUCUUCUACAACAUGUGGUCCACCUGUGCCACCUUGAAGUCGGCCGUGUCCAAUCUCACAGACAUCGACUCCAUCUGUGUGGACGUCCGCCAAUACGGAAUCAUCCCGUGGAGUGCAACACCAGGAAAGGCGUGUGGAUCCACGCUAGGUGACAUCUGCAACACCAGCGAGUUCUACCUGUCAUAUCAUUUGUACAUUGUGGCCUGUGCCGGAGCCGGAGCCACUGUGAUCGCUCUGCUGAUCUACAUGAUGGCUACCACUUAUAACUUUGCCGUUUUGAAGUUUAAGAGUCGAGAAGACUGCUGCACUAAGUUUUAACCUCGUUUUUUGAUGUUGUUGUUGUUUUUAACAGCGUGCCGCAGCGCAAAUCAACUAAAAACAAUAGACAGGAAAUCUAGUGUAAAUAGCGGACUGUGCGCUUUCUUUAGCCAGGACACCUAAUGACACUUGUCCAUAAGAAUGGAGUAGAUGACUAGUUUGGCCCAUUCUCUUGUAGAAGACCACAACAGUGUUAUUUAUAUUCUUUAAUUCAUAUCCACAAAGAGAAGACAGUAUUUAGUUGUCAGUAUUCACUCUGCUUGAAUGCAUAGAUUAGAGAUUUGAUGUGGGGGUUUAAAGUUGUCCUUUAUUUGUCAUGUGACCACUUGUAUAUUUUACAUUGACUACACUAUGAAAAGGUACAUAGCUGAUUUAAAGUAGUUUUUUCCUAUUAGGGCCACACUGAAAGGAAAGACCAGAUUUUGUGAGAAUAUAGUUUUAUCAUGAGAAAAAGGCAUAUCGUAAGAGAGGAAAAGUUUUAUUUUUUGUUGUUGCUGUUACAACAAGUAAGGCCUUACAUUAAUACAAACCUUAAUUAUAACAACUGAAUGUGAAAAUGUGCCAAAACAUUGACAUAUUACAACUUUUGUCUAAUUUUUACCCAUGAAAUCAGCUCUUUAUUUUUGUAAACAUUUGUCAUAUGAUUACGUUUUCCCUAUACAAGUUUUUUAAUUGAUGAAUAUAUUUCUCUUAUUAUUCCAGUUUUAGCUUCAUAAUUUAGUUUUCUUUAUAAGUUUAUUCCUAUAUUUUUUUUACAUUUUUUUUUUUACAUCUUCUUUAUUAUAAACAUGACUUGAUUCUUGUUACAUCAUUUUAUUUCUUUACAUUUUCCCCAGAAAACCGUUACUUAAGAUUCUUUUUCCUGGAAAAAAAAAAAAAAAAAAAAUGUAAAUAAAUAGAACAUUCCAACUUAAUUUUCAUCGUAUUUUUUUGUUUUGUUUCAGCGUGGCCCUAAAACUCCUUAUUUUGAGUAAAUAGAUGACGUCUUUUUUUUUCUACAUCAGAGCAAAUGCUGGUUUUGCCUCAGCUAUAUUUUUGUCUUCCAUUUCCUCUCCAAGUGCCAUUAAAGAGCCAUUUUUUAUCUUAACAUUUGAGCCUGCAUGCAAGUCUGUUCAUCGUCACUUAUAUUUUCCGUAUAUUUAAUUACUGUUUUCUUCGAAAACUGUAGCCUUUACAUUCUAUAUAAAAUAAACAGUCUUUGUUUAAAAAAACAAAAAAAAAGAAAAAUCUUACCUUGUUUAUUUCUUUACAAGUGCUGAUGAAAAGGUUUUGGAACGAUACAAUUUUUAACUUGCGCACUUUUUGCACUAACCUCCAAAAGCUUGCAACCCCUGGCUUUCUUUUUCUACUCACCCACAUGCUUUUAAGGUGUCAUUUCUUUAGUGUUUUAAUAAUUAACAUGAAGCGCCAACUUACAAUGAGAGACUCUUGUGACGUCAAACCACUCACAACUUUACUUGCAUAAUAAAAAGUAAGGUAAUUGUGCUUAUAAAUUAUGAAUUAUUUAUAAAUUUAUAAAUUAUUCUGAGAAAAUAAUUACAAAUCUGAAAUGCGCUCUUCAAAAGCUUCCAUUGAGAUAUGACUCGAUAUACUUUGUCGUUAAUAAAUUUUUUAUCGGAUUACUUGAAAAUUACAAAAACAUUAAUAAAAACAUCCGACUGUACCAGAUUAGUACAGAAGCGAGUAGGAUAUGUUCAUCAUGGUUUAAUCAUAGACUUCACUAUCAGUUGAUGGGACAGGGGGUCUAUUUUCAAAAACGUAUAAUUCAAAUAUUUUCAAAACCAAAGCCGCUAGCGACCUAAGACCAAAACAGGCAUCCCCCUUAGGCAUAUAUGAGUCUCUAUGAGCAGCGACAUAAAAAAAUUCAAAGUCGUUCGAAAAUAAAAUUAUUAUUAUCAUUUUUAAUACAGGUAUAACAAAACUUAAAAUGGCUAUAAAAUUCUUAAGUUUAUUAUUAUAAUUUAUUGCAAGCGUAUUUUAGUGCUUAAGCUUUCAACAUCUAAUAACUUGAUUUUCACAUCAGAAACUUAAUACUUCAGGAAAGCAUACAGAAUAAUUUUACUCACCAAAAGCAAAAUUUGCAUUUUUCUAUAUACAGUCACAACUUAUUUAGGUUGAAUUCCGCUAUUGUGUAGAGAUACAACAUCCAACAUGGUGGCCCUCACAACACAGAGGUUUUCAAGUUGAAAAUUCUUAUAAAUAAAUGCUAAAAUCGCAGAAUUUCUAAAGAUAUGAACCUUAAACAGUUUGGUCAGUCUAGAUUUUUGGUUAAUAGCAAAAAACGGGCAGUUAUUGUUUAUUUUACGUAAAUAUCUCAGGUAUUGUGUAAUCCAACAUGGCGGCAAUCACAAAACAAAGAGCUUUUUAAGUUGAAAAUUCUUGCAAAUAAAUGUGUACAUCCUGCAAUUUCUAUAGAUAUGAACAUACAAGUCUAGUUUUUGGUUAAAAGCAACAAAAAAACAAAACAAAACAAAAAAAAAAACACUUAUCAUUAAUUUUACGUAAAUAUUUUGGGCUAAAAUUGUGCUGUUAUUUAAAUCCAAAGUGGCGGCCAUCACAAAACAAAGAGCUUUUUAAGUUUAAAAUUCUUGUAAAUAAAUGUGUACAUCCCUGAAUUUCUAUAGAUAUGAACAUACAACAGUCUACAUUCUUGGUUAAAAGCAAAAAACGGGCAGUUAUCAUUCAUUUUAGGAUAAUAUUUCGAGCUAAAGUUACGCUAAUUUUUUCCCAUGCAUUUUUUUUUUACAACAUUUCAAAGUGCAUGCAUGGGGCUACUUUAUAUAAUAAUUACCUCGAAUCCUUGACCAAAUCACUCGAGACACUCCUGCCUGCUUCUAUGCAGUAAAACUUUCACCCUUUUCCCACCUAAAUCUGGCGUUUGAACACAGCGUGCGUUUGAUUUUAUCACAGUGAAAGCCAAAUGCUCUGCCUGGGUCGGCCCCCAAAGGUGAAGUCUAUGGUUGGAUGCACGAAAAAAUGCUGACCAAUGUAAAAUAAAUAUUAAGUCAGCCAUUUUGGUUUAAAGUGGCAAAUGAAUACGAUCACCAAAAAUAUCGUAAAAUUGUGAGUGGUUUGACAUUACGAAGAGUCUGUCUUUCCUUUUAACGCGUUGCCUGCCAUUGACAACGAUAAAUGUUCGAUCACGGUUCAAAUAGAUCAAACGUCUUAUCGCCAUCAAUGGCAGCCAAUGAGUUCAAGUCGUUUUUUUGCGUGACGUAGCGUAGUUGGUAACUUCUAUCUUUUGCUUUGCUGCUUUCUCUUGGACCUGCUCACCGGCCCUCCACCUCACCCUUCUC